AUGGCCGCCCCACCAGAAAUCAACGCCCACAACUUCAACGCCAGCUUCGACAUGAACAAGAAGAUCGGCGACGACACUGGCCCCAUGCUCAAGAUGCAAGGCCUGCCCUGGCUCGUCCGACAAGCGGCCGCCUACAGCGCCGUCUCGAUCAAUCUCAAGCAGUACAAGGACGACGAGGGCGUGCUGCACCUCGACCAAGAGCAGAUCUCCACGGGAAACGUGAAGCAAUUGGAGGAGAGACUUCUGACCGGCGAGUGGGGCGAACGCGACGUCGACUACUGGGGUCACGUCAAGGGCUGGAACAAGUUCACCAAAAUCUCCGAAAUCGAAGACGACUUCCUCAAGCAAGACUGGCUGGAAGAAGGCGAGGGCGAGCAGAAAGGCGACGUCGUCAUCAGCCACACCGAGUCGGAGAAGAACGGGUGGGUCGCGACGCAGAUCUGGGGGUUCGCGACGAUUAAUGGGGAGAGGAAGCAUGUAAGGAGGAUUGUGAGUAAGAAGGGGAAGGAGGAGCAUAAGAUUCGGACGGUUUAUGAUUAUAAGAAUUAG